UGAUAGAAUAUGUGAAUAAUAUACAUGAUAAAAUUAUACGAAACAAUUUCAACCAUUCUAAGUGAAUGCACUCGUGCAUUUACUUAUCUUAAGCUGCGAGCAGAAAUUGAAAAUUUGCAUUAAAUGUACAAGAAGCAUUGUGUUAAAAAGCAAAGAAUAAGAAAUAAAACAGAUAUAUAAACACAUGAUAAGCACUUGUGUAAAGAUAACUUACGUCACGGAAAUUCUAAAACGAUCCUAAAUAGUCGCCUUAUAAAAAACGUCGCUGUGUUAAGCGAUUAAAUUUACAAUGAUAAUUCCCCGACAUCUUGUAUUUGCUACUCGCAAAUUCUACUUAUCCCUCCCUCUAUUGUCCGUGAGUAUUAGUAGUUUAAAAUUACCGCUUAUAAUUGAAAUUGACAUGCGUGGAUCAUAUACUUUUAUAUACAGUAUCUUCAUAUAUUCUUCAUAUGUUUAUGAAUAUUACUUAAAUAUCUGUUAUAUUAUUUUAAGUAAAAACAUGAGAUAGAUGCAUGUCGACGGACAAGAAGACUUUGAACGAAUGAGAUACGCGGAUUUCAAAGACGUCCUGGAGAAAUCGCACAAUUUAGCCAGUGAGUCUGAGGCCAUUGUGCUGCCUACACCCGAUUCUAUCUUCAUUAAAAUCUCGCGCACACCUCGAAGCACCGUGUCGCCUGACAAAGGAGUACCCGCGAUUCCUACUGUUUGCCUACUGUGAAAUCGUCGUCAUCGCAAUCGUUACGUGAUAUCACGAAAGUCUUCAAUGAAAAGUUUUCACCUCUGUCCCACUAUCUUCGCUUCAGUCGCCGAAAUAAACACCGCAGGAAUAUAUCGAAUACACGUCGGGAGUUAGCGCGGAACCGUGUCUGACCAAGUGUCCCGUAUCUACUUGCAUCUACUUCAGCGCGAGGCAAACGUUUUGAAGAGAAAAAAUUUUUCUGCACUGCAAUUUAAUGAGACUACAGAGUUAAUCUUAUCGGAUGAGAUUUUGCUUCUACCAAUCGCCUUCGAUGAAAGGUAACCUAACGAUACUUGUCGCGGCUGUCAUUGACGAUUCAGAAUCUGGCCGGAUGCUUUUCGAAAUUUCCGACAAUGUGAGAGAUAACAAGAAGACCUAUCGCGAACUGAAAGCUCGUCUUAAGAAUGGGAUGCAAGAUUAGUAUACCGAAGUGCAUGAAAGACAAAGUCGAGCAGGAGAAGAGUAUAUCGUCAGAAACUAGCAGUUCUAGUAUCGUUUUAAGCGAUACAACAGAGCCCGACAGGGACGAAGACAGUCUGUAUCUCGCGUUCGACACAUACAAGUCUCAUAAUUUUACCGAAGAGGACGAUCAAAAAGUAGAGCAACAUAAGACGGAUGCGUUUGAAAUUGUGGCUGAAAAGAAUGAAAAAACACCCUUCGAGGACAACACGAACGAUGAGAAUGGCGAUUACUUAACUAUCAAAGGACCUCAAGAUUUUAGUAAUUAUUUAUUGACAACCAACGUUCCUAGUAUUGUAAAAAUAUUAUUAGUCUUUAGCAAAGAUGAUCAACAAAUGGACAUACUUACUAAUACCGCGAGAAGAUUGGGAUGGAGUGUAUCGAUAGCAAAAGAUGCGGAAAAAGCAUUAGAACUUUUUCAAAAUCGUGCUCAUGAAUUAGUGAUUAUCGAUCAUAGAGCACAUCACGCCGACGAUGGUGAUGCUAUUUGUAGAACGAUUAGAUCAAGUCCGGUUUAUCACAGUUCUGUCAUUAUCGCGCUCGUAAAGAAAUCGUACUUCAUGCUUGAUGAAAAAGACCGUAUUGUUGCAUUAGACUUGCUAAAAAGAGGUUUUGAUAGAGCACUGAUGGAAUGUUCUCAUGAAGGUAUAUUAAUAAACGAAUUAGUAGGGAUAUAUACUAGCUCAUUAUUGCCGAAAACUCAACUAGCAGCAGCGCAUGCAUUAUAUUUGGCACUCGACAGAUGCCGCGACAUGGUGCAUGUGACCAAUGAUAAAAACAUUGUACAGUUUUUAAAUAAAGUCAGCGAAAAAUUAUUAGGAUACAAUGUAGAAGAGAUGAUGGGAAGAAACCUUUCGGAAAUAGUAAGCUACGAAAAUUUUUCUCUCAUGGAACAACAACUGAAUAAAGGCCGAGAAUUCGAAGGAAAUAUGAAUUGCAAGAGAAAAAACAAUCAAAUGAUUACGAUCAAUUGCAGGAUAAUUCCAUUCUGUAUCACAUUAAAAAAACCAAGUCAUUAUAUAUACGUAUACGAUACUACGUAUUUAUCGGAAAAUUCAGCACCAAUAAGCCCAAUUAGCAGCCCGUUGCAUCCUCCUCUUAAAACGAAUACGACGAAUGCGCGAAAAUCCUCGGAUGUUAGAUCUGGUUCUAUAAAUGAAGACAAAGGCCGUAGACGGUCCAGCUUGCAAAAAUUGCAUACCUUACAACUGGAAGCUCCUAUCACUAAAGUCAUUACGUUACUUUCGAAUGCGGUCACGGAUACAACUAAUCCGGAAACAGCAGCACAGAUCGAUAAAGCAAUCGAUAUCCUAAAGACGACGGAACUCUAUAUUCCACAUCUUAAGGAAGAUAGAGCAAUGUGUAGCGAUCCAGUUGCUACGGAUCUCGUUGGCGCAUUACUUGCUUCUCCGCGCACAACAUGGGAAUCUAGAAGGUCGUCGUCGGAUUCUGCGAGACUAUCCGCUAUCAAGGCUAUCACCAGUCCGAACAAUUCGCGUGUGCAAGUAAAAAAUUUCCGGGGGCCGCAAGAAAUUAUGGAGAUACUGGACAAAAGUCUCGACUGGGACUUCGAGAUAUUUAAGCUUGAAGUAUUGACGGAGAGAAGACCGCUCGUUUUUUUGGGAUUGACAAUCAUGAAUUUAUAUCGAGUGCCCGCUACAAUACAUUGCGAUGAGAGAACGUUACAGAACUGGCUAGCCAUUAUCGAACACAAUUAUAAUGCGGAGAAUAGCUAUCACAACUCAACGCACGCGGCCGAUGUCUUGCAAGCCACUGCGAGAUUUAUGCAAUCAAAGAGACUCAAAGAAAUUUUAGAACCUUUAGACGAGGUUGCUGCUCUAUUAGCCGCCGCUGCGCACGACAUUGAUCAUCCUGGACGAUCUAGUCAAUUUCUUUGCAAUGCCAACAGUCGUUUGGCAAUACUCUACAAUGAUUUAUCGGUUCUCGAAUCGCAUCAUGCAGCCUUAACAUUUAAACUAUCAUUGUCCGACGAUAGUGUGAAUAUUUUUAAAAAUAUGGAGCGAGAUGCAUACAAACUGUUACGACAAAAUGUCAUUGACAUGAUUCUGGCGACCGAAAUGACGAAGCACUUCGAGCAUCUGGCGAAGUUCAUGAAUGUUUGCAGCGCAAGAAUUGGCGACGGUCAAGAGACAUAUUCAGAUUCUCUGGAUAUGACUGUGAUAUUACAGCCAGAUAAUGUAAUACUAAUUAAAAGAAUGAUGAUCAAAUGCGCGGACGUAUCUAAUCCAACACGGCCAUUGAAAUGUUGCGUCGAAUGGGCGAAACGAAUCGCGGAAGAAUAUUUUAAUCAGACCGAUGAGGAAAAAAAGUUGAAAAUGCCAGUCGUAAUGCCAAUGUUCGAUAGACUGACGUGUUCAAUACCGAAAUCGCAAAUCGGUUUCGUCGAUUAUAUCAUUAACGAUAUGAUUGAGGCUUGGGAUGUGUUUAUCGACAUACCGGAAAUAGUGGGUUAUAUGCGAUACAAUUACGAGAAAUGGAAAGAAUAUAAUGAACAAGGUAUAUCUACUUUACAAGAUAUCGAGAAGCUACAACAACAUCCCGAGCUGCAAAUAUUGCGAUUAUCUUGAAAAGCGUGUCUCGUUUUGCAUCUCAUUUCAUACCUCGUUAUGUAAUAUUUACGCUGCGAUUAUCGCAAAAACAUGUAUAGUAUUUAUGUAUUUAAGGAUAGAGCAACGAUGUCGUGUCUUCUCGAAUCGUUUUUAAGAAAAUACAUAUAAUUUGCCGUUUUGCGUGCCACUAGCAUUUUCAUUAUUUAUAUAUAACUCCAUUCCUCUCAAUGACAUUCGCUGUAUUAUUAUUUUAAACAUGUGUGUGACACAUUAAUAAAAUACUUGUAGUCUAAUGAAAGAAAUAUCUUUGUGUAUGCAACUCCGAAGAAUGUUAUUUCGAACAAAAUCUUCGCUGCGUUCGCGCAUGCUGAUCGUUAAAUUUGUACGAGACCAACAAAUAAAUAAGAAGAAUUGCAUUUGAAAUUGUUUCUUAUUUCUUAUAGCCAGAAAUUAAUCCUUUACCUAAUUUUGCCAUUAAGUUUCAACGGUAUAACUAAUAUUUGGAAUAGAGAGGAGAAUUGGUAUAACUCAAGUCGAAAGAAAACACUCGCACUAUGUAGGUCAGAUUUCACUUUAUUGUUUCUUUCAGCCAAGAAAUGGCGUAGGGCCUAUUUCUAUGCGCUGCAUAAAAAAAAUACAGAAUUAAAUAAAAUCAGAUAUAAAAUGUAAGCCGUAUCCAGAUGAAAUUUUGCACAGUUUUUAUCAACAGAGCGUAUACAAUUUCAGUUAUGCAAAUUACAAAUUUUUCGUUUUUUUGUUAAUACAGAAAAACACGCAUUCGCUUUUUCAAUCUAAAACUGUCCUGAUAUAAUGUUGUUGCAUCUAAGAACGAUAAUUAUACAUUUAUGUACGUUAUAAAUGAAAAAGGAUGAGAAUAAUAACAUCAAUAAUCCAUCGAGUUACAAGUAUCAGCCUAACAGAUGGUUACUAAUGUAAGUCACAUUCAUUGUAAAGAUUCUUACGUAUGCUGACAUAUGCUUACAGUAUAUAUGCAUUACACCAUAAUACGUCUACGGGACGCACGGAUGAUCAUGGCCGUUUUAUCCAGUAUCAACGAGACAUUGAUCUUUUUUACCUCGAAAGACAAUCAGAGAGUAUUGAAUCAUUUUUAGAGUUUAUUCGAAGUAUGACACGUAAACACACGGAAUACUUCACAAUAAUAUAUUUUGGAGUAAAGAUGAAGAUAACGAUAAGAUUCUUUUAAGGUAAGCCUCCUGCUCCUUAGUAGCGGGUCAUAAUACCGAAGAUGUCCGCCAACAGUGCCAACAGUUGGCACACAGUUG